AUGGCGACCAGGGCGGCGGCGAGGUUCCUGCAGCGCAGGCUCCUGUCUUCCGGCGGCAAGGUCCUCAGCGAGGAGGAGAAGGCCGCCGAGAACGUGUACAUCAAGAAAAUGGAACAAGAGAAGCUGGAGAAGCUCGCACGCAAGGGCCCCAGCUCAGGAGAGCAAGCUUCGUCAACCACAGGCUCUGCAGCAAGUGACGUGAAGGCCGGGGCCGGGCCAACAGAGUCAGCGUCUGCAAGUGUGUCAUCCGACAAGAACAGGAACUACGCUGUCCUGGCAGGCACAAUUGCUGCCCUGAGUGGCCUGGGUUGGUAUCUAUUGUCAAAGCCUAAGAAGUCGGAGGAGAUUGUCGACUGA